AUGCGUUUGGCCAGAAGAAAAUCAUUGCCCAGAUUACCGAAUAAUUUAAGGGAACUUGCCACACUGUUUGAUGAUGGGCAACUUGAAAGAUUUGGUUGUUGUGAGGCAAAUUUUUUCAGAUGUUGUGUACAAGACACUGAUGGUAAAACAAACAUCAUAUUUGCUUGUACUCAAUUUAUUAAUACUGUGUUACUGAACGAUGUAAAUGAAAUCCAUGCAGACGCCACCUUCAAAAUAAUCCCAGCUAAUAUGGGUUAUCAAUUAUUGGUUUUGCAUUGCAUGAUUCAAAAUUAUUCCAUACCUGUCAUUUACGUUCUGAUGGAGGGUAAAACGAGAAGAUCGUAUGAAUGUGUCUUUCAGUUUGUAAAAAAUAAUUUACUACCUACAUUAAGACCGAGUAUUAUUAUAACAGAUUAUGAAAGUGCUUUGAGGGAUGUACUAUUAUCAGUUUUUCCUGGAGCCCAAUCUGCUGUAUGGAGAAAAAUUAAGAAACUGGGUUAUUUAAACCAUAUCAAUAAUAAUGCCAAUGCUCUAAAAGCGUUAAAACUAUUAAUGUGCCUUCCUCUAUUACCCGCUCUUACCAUUGAAAAUGGUUUUUCAUUAAUAACAGCAUUUGCUCGAAACCAUGGAGUCCAUUUGCAACAACUAUUUCAGUAUUACCAAAGUUAA